GGCAAGAGCCUUUUCUUUGCUAACUGGCUCUGAAGAACACAACUCAACAGCUUUAAAAGAAAAUUGGCAAGCGAUCGAGUGCAAUGAACUGGAAUUUAUAAAACAUAUCCUCAACCAAGGUACUAGUAUUGGUUUAGCUGUGGCCAAGAAUGUUCGUGCAUUAGUUGGAGACGUUGAUUCUAUGAAGAGAAGCAUGGAGUCGGCUGACAGUACGAUGUACAACUUCCAGCAGACAAUUGAGACAUUAAAAACUCAAAUCAACACCCUUCAGUUGGAAAAUAAACGUUUCGGAAGCAUUGUAGUAAAUUGUCAGGGUAAGAUUCGGGAAUAUGACCAAAAACUGAAAACUGUCGACGAAAAUAUUGCGGCUAUAUCUGAACAUCAAAAAAAUCACUGAAACAAAAUUGAAUGAGGAAAGUCGCGCUCUGUUUAAUAGAACAAAAGAUAUUCUUGAAGAAGUUCAGAAUCUCUCCAGCACUCAAAAAGACAUCAACAAGUCGGUUUCGAAACUAGAAGGUUGGGCAAAAAAGAUGGAGGAUAAUCAGCUAAAUAUAUCAUCUACCUUGGCUUCGUUCGAUAAGUUCACAAGGAAUGUAUCAGAAGAAAAGGAUGAUUAUCGAACACGUAUAAUUGCAUUUACGGCAGGUUUUGGCCACUAUUCGGAACAAGACAUGACGAGAACAGAUAUGGUAUUCCCAGAUGUCAUCACAAAUGUGGGAGAGGGCUAUAACCCACGUGACGGUGUUUUUACAGCACCCAUUAAUGGAAACUACGUUUUCUACACAGCUGUCGUAUCCUGGGAUAACGGUAACAUAGCCACAGAUAUUGUUUUGAAUGGUAAAAGCCAAGUCAGAACAUUUGCGGAAAGCAAGGGAAUCCACACAAAACACCAGCAAUACAUUUACCAAACUGGAGCGAAUCUGGUUUGCCUCAGUUUAUGGUCUGGGGAUAGAGUUUGGGUUAGAAGGCAUUCUGGAUCUGGCUUUAUCGUUCAUCCGACGCCCAUGCACACAUUUUCAGGAUUUUUGCCGCAUACUUAACAUUUCUGAGUUACAGUAAUACUUGUUCCUUCCGGAUAGUGUG